AUGGCAGACGACCUAAGCGAGGAAAACGUUUCGCAUUUGAGACAAAUGUUCGCUGCUGCCGAUAAAGAUAAGGACGGCUAUAUUUCAACCAAUGAAUUCUUUACAAUCACGCGUUUAGUAUAUCAACGCAUAAAUCAACAUAUAACAGAUGCUGAAAUGCAAGCGUUGAUUGAUGAGUUUGGCGCGGAAGAUAAAGAUAAAAUUGAUUUCGCUAGUUUUGUUAAGAUUAUUGGACCCAAGUUGUUCACGGAUGAAUGUUCGAACGAAGAUUUGAGAGAAGUUUUUCGUUGCAUUGACACGGAUAAUGACGGUUUUAUAACAGCUGAAGAACUGAAACAAAUAAUAUUGGAAACUGGUGAGACUUGUACUGAUGAAGAAAUUGCUGUCCUUAUGCAAAUAGUCGAUUCAGAUGGUGACGGCCAGCGAUAUGACGAAUAUAUUCAACAAAAUACUGAAAAUGUGAUAGUGGAGAACAAGAAACGAGAAGAACUACGAGCAAGAUGA